AGUGCAGCCGACCGACGAAGAAACCCGGAAGUGUGCGAGCGGCUUUCAAGCAGUAGCUUUCACACGGCUUCAUCUCCAGCCCUGUGUCUCUCACAGUUAGGAGUCAAGUUAUCCUGUUAAACUUUCCACGUUCAUCACCAUGUCUGUUUUGUGUUAUAACAAGGGAUGCGGAGAGCGGUUUGACCCAGAAAACAAUCCGGACGAUGGUUGCACCUUUCACCCUGGAGUCCCGGUGUUCCAUGAUGCUUUGAAGGGAUGGUCCUGCUGCAAGAGAAGAACUACUGACUUCUCAGACUUCCUUAGCAUUGCUGGUUGUACAAAAGGUCCUCACAACAAAGAGAAGCCCCCUGAGCCGGUGAAACCAGAUGUCACAACAUCGGGAGAAAAAAAAGAGCUGGAAGCACAAAAACCAAAGUUUAAUGAGUACAUAAUAUCUGCACCAAAACCUCAGGAGGCGAUAUUCAGACCGAGUUCUGAUGAGCCGGUGGUGAGGCUGAAUCAUAAAGUCUCUGCCUCUCUAAAGCAAGCGCUGGAGAAACUGAGACUCUCCGAAAAUAAAAUGGACCAAAAAGAAGAAGAUGGCGAUGAAAUCAAAAUAGGAACUUCCUGUAAAAAUGGAGGAUGUACUAAAACGUUCGAGGGACCUGCAAGUGACUCCGAUGAGUGCUCUUACCACUCUGGAGUCCCCAUUUUCCACGAAGGGAUGAAAUACUGGAGCUGCUGUAAGAGGAAAACCUCCGACUUUAACUCCUUCCUCUCUCAGGAAGGCUGUACAAAGGGRGCACAUCUAUGGAGGAAAAAGGAUGAGGGAAAGAAGGCGGUCCCCUGUAGGUUUGACUGGCACCAAACUGGGACUCAGGUCAUCAUUUCUAUUUACGCCAAAAAUGCCAUCCCUGAGCUAAGCUACGUUGAUGCUAACAGCACCACGCUCAGCAUCUACAUUGUUUUUGAUGGAGAAAAGGAAUUUGUGCAGAAUAUCAGCCUGUGGGGUGUGAUCGACGUGAGUAAAAGCAUGGUCAACAUGAUGGCAGCUAAGAUCGAGGUUGCCAUGAAGAAGGCCGAGGCGAUGUCCUGGGCUCGCCUCGACCUCCCCCCUCCUGCCGCUCCGCCCAAAGAGGACGAGAAGAAGGAAGAAGAGACUGAUAGUGAGGAUGAAGAUUAAUGGUUAAGAUUUCAAAUACACUUAUAUUUACUUCUUGAUUCAUCACUUCUCUAAGGGAUAGCUUUUUUUUUUGCCUUUUAAAGCAUAUUUUUUUAAAGAUUCAGUGAAGUGAAAUAUUCAGUAAAUGUCCAUUUUUCUCAUCCCUUGGACAUUAUUUUGUCAUCUUGAAAGGUGAAGUUCUACAAAAAUGUUAAUUUGGUUUCGUGACAAAAGGAACUCUUAAGUUUUGUAGACUUUAAUCAGAUCGAACUCAUUAAUUGGCACUGAAGUUUUCUGAAAAACAAAAGAUCGGGACCACACAGUGUCAAAGACCAGAUGUAGACAUYUUACAGCAGUGAUUAUAAAAGAUAAUUCUACCUGUA